AUGCAACUUGGCGCCGAGAUCAUAUCCUUCUCUGCACUUGUUACUGAACACCUAUGCGUCGACCUCAUCUUGGGCAUCGAUUUUCUUACUUUCUUCGUUGCCAAAAUUGAUGUGGAUCUUCGUCAACUUUCACUCAAACACAAUGGUCGUUGGAUUACUCUCAAUGUUGAUGACACGCUACGUUCUUCAUUCGUGCCUAUUCGGUCCGUUUCGAACGUUAUUUUGCCGUCAAAAUCUACCAUAGACAUUGUUGUCUCUUCACUUGUUUCGUCGUUAUCCUCCAUCCUUAUUCCUACAUCUAUUUUUUUAGAACAGCCCCAUUUAUCAACACCACAGAAAAAUCUUAACAUUCAGCAUCAUGUAUCUUCCUUAUCCGUCACAAAUCACUCAGCUGUUACUCAAACUAUUCCCCACGAUUUCUGCUUCGGAUAUCUUCAAUUACCUCCACCUAGCAAAUCGUUUUCUGAACAGAUUUCUGAUCUUUGUGCGAAACACAAUGCGAACAAAAACAAACACAUUCGUUCUUCAACUCUGAUCAAUCAAUCACCACUUCAACAACGUAAUUCUACCACAACUCCAUCUCGACCACGAAUCUUAUCCAAAUAUCUUCAAGCGUCAGUUAUCACUACUCAUCCAUCUUUCGCUUCGUCUUUAGCCGCUGAUCUUGCUAAACUUGUCGAACACCUAUCCGAUACAGCUGAACGCAAUUCGGUUUCGUCUCUUCUGUCUCGGUUCUCAAGUAUUUUUGAUACUUCGAAACACAACAUCUCUAAUAUUGUCAUCGACCAGGUCUUCAAUACUAUUCCUCACUCUCCGCCAGCUCUUCGACCACAUCGAAAUCCGCACCACCGGGAAGAGACACAAAAACUAAUUGAUGAGUUUCUCGAUGCUGGAAUUAUUCAUGAAUCACACUCUCCCUACGCUGCUCCUGCCUUUAUUGUGCCACGCAAAGGGAAUCGACCAGGUCGGCUGGUGGUCGAUUAUCGUGCUCUUAACAAAAUCACCAUCUCCGAUGCUAGCCCUUUACCUCACAUCGAAGAUACUUUACAAGACCUUGGAAAAGGUUUUAAAUACUUUUCCAAGCUGGACCUAAAAACCGGGUACCACCAGUUUAGAAUUCCACCACAAGAUCGUGAAAAAACUGCCUUUGUCGUUUCUUUCGGACACUACGAAUAUUCCGUACUUCCUAUGGGGCCGACAAAUGGUCCCGCGUGUUUUCAAAAAACGAUGUUCAAUCUCCUGAAACCUUGCUAUGACUUCGCGCGAGUUUAUCUUGAUGAUGUUAUAAUCUAUUCAACCACUUUACAACAGCAUCUUCAUCAUUUAAACCUCGUUUUUACCAUCUUUAAUAGCAAUAAGAUUGUUCUUAGUCCCACGAAAUGUGAGAUCGCCGUUACUAAGGUGGAGUUUCUUGGACAUAUAGUCUCUGAACAUACUCUUACUCCUACUACUACAGCUAUUCAAGUUAUACUCGAUCUCCGCGAACCUCGUACCCUCAAGGAAGCUAAUAAAUUCUUAGGGGGAUUAGCGUAUUAUCGUAAAUUUGUUCCUGAAUUUGCGCGUUUGGCUGCCCCUCUUCACAAGAUAACAAAUUUAACUCGCGACAAACGCCAUUUAUUCAAGUGGACUGAUGAACACUCGAGAGCCUUUGUCGCUUUACAACAUAUGCUCACAAAUGAACUGUAUCUUCAUUUUCCCGUUGAGGGUUAUCCUCUACAUCUAUCAACAGAUGCCAGCGGCAUCGCUACCGGUGGAGUAUUGUUUCAAGAAAUCAAUGGAGAACGUCGUAAUAUAUUUUAUCAUUCGAAACUUCUCUCUGCAAUCGAGAGAAAAUAUUCGGUACCCGAGCAGGAAGCUCUGGCAAUAUUUCAGUGCUUACAACGAAUGCGGACUUAUGUUUUGGGAAGAAUUAUUUAUGUUCAUACUGAUCAUUGUCCUAUUUGUGGCCUGUUACAAAAGCCGGUAAACAACCGUCGUAUCGAGCGCGUCGCGAACCUUAUUCAGGAAUAUAAUAUUGCAGAAAUGAAACACAUUUCAGGUAAAAGUAACUGUUUACCCGAUUUUCUCUCUCGACCCUUCGAUGAUCCUCUCUUUGAUGUACCUUAUGGUGUUGAAAGCAAACAACCACUGUCGUCUCUCUCUAUGGCAUUGCCUGUUACACCAGGUAUCUCGCCUAUGGUUCUUCGUCCUCGUCUUAAACUCACUCCUAUUGCCGAUGUCGCUAUUCCAGACGAUGAAUUCAAGACCGACACCGACGAUACGGUCGAUUCGACGUCUUCUUCUCCGAUUCUUACUUCUCCAUCACCAAACACUUUUAAUUGUCAUGCUUUAAAACAAGAACAAGAUAAUGAUCCUGAUAUUCAGCUCAUCGUUGCUCAGCUCCAUAAUCCGGAUACUGCAUCGCACACGUCUUCUUCUUUUCUCAUUAAGGAUGAUCUUCUACACAAAGUUGUUACAUUGUCUCCUACUUCACCUGUCACAACUGCAGUACCUUAUCUUCCCACUUCAAUGAUUCAAUCGCUUCUAACGGCUAUGCACGAUGAUCCUUAUCAAGGUGGACAUUUUUCUACUGAUAAAAUGUAUUCAAAACUGGCUUCUCGUUACUGGUGGCCUCACAUGCGUGACUCUCUUCGACUUCACGUUCAAGCAUGUACUCUUUGUCAACAAUACAACUACAAUCGUCAGAAAAAACCCGGUCAUCUUCACCCUAUUCCUCCCACCAAUAUUCCAUACUCAGUGAUCAGCAUGGAUUUUUGUGGUCCUUUCGUUGAAUCUCCUCGUGAGAAUAAAUUUGUUCUUAUCAUUUCGGAUCUAUUCACACGUCAUGUGACAGCUGUCGCCACCUCAACUAAUACAGCCGAAAUUACUGCUAUGGCACUUUAUCGCGAAGUUUUUUGUCGUUAUGGAGUCUGUUCUACAUUGCUUACUGAUCAGGGUACCCAUUUUAACAACAAUCUCAUGCGUGCUCUAACUCAUCUUUUUGGUUAUAAUCACAUAUACAGCACUGCCUAUCACCCUCAAACUAAUGCAGUCACUGAACGUUUCAAUGCGUCAUUCAAGGUACAAAUUUCUAAACUCGAAGACAAACACCAUCACAACUGGGAUGAUUAUCUCGACCCUGUUGUUUUUGCAUACAAUACUGCAAAACAUAAAACUACACAAUUUUCACCUUUUGAAUUACUUUUUGGUCGUUCACCGCAACUACCCAUUGAUCUUCCUCCACAAUUUUAUACUUUUGCUCGUCCGAAUAUUUGCUUUGAAAAUCUUCAACGAAUUCUACAAGUUUACCAUCAACAAGCUCAAAAUAACAUUAUAGCUCAACAACAAUCUAAUAAAGUACGUUAUGAUAAACAUCGAUCUGAUCCUCAUUUUCAAAUUGGCGAUCACGUCUUUACGAAAAUUUUUACUGCACGCGGUUCAUUAGAUCCUCGUUAUUCUUCAGAACCAUCUAUUGUUACUGAAGUACGUCAUCCUACUUAUUUUGUUCGUAAUGAGUCUACUGGCGUUGUGAAACGUUUUCACGUUUCUGACAUACGUCCCGUUAUUGAAGCUUAUAACUUCGAUUCCACCACAUACUGA